UGGCCUCACAUUAGCAGUACAUUUAGCGUGACGUGGCUGAAGAGCUAGUGCAGUCAGUAAGAAUACCAGAAUAGCAUCUGAUGGAAACCCGAAUUGACGUGGCCAUGCGUGCCAUGUAUCGAAGUACUGCUCGUACACCUAUGCUUGGUCUAAUGACCAGACGAACUCUAUGAUAUGGUCGCAAUAAUGCAUAGUUGAUAUGGCGCGCUGGCGAGCACAGUCCCAACAAUGCGUCUCUUACGUGCUGACAAGCUUAAAGUCAAAUCCUUCUCAGAUCUGGAAAUCUCAACUUGUCGCUACGCAAUACUAUCUCACUGUUGGUCCCGAGAUGCCGCCGAUGAGGUUCUCUUCGACGAUAUUCAAAAUGGAUCAGCCGAGAAAAGAAAAGCUUACCCAAAAUUGAAGGGGUUCAUGAACCAAGCGAAGCAUGAUGGCUACGAAUGGGUUUGGGUCGACACGUGCUGCAUAGAUAAGAGCAGCAGCAGCGAACUCAGCGAGGCUAUCAACAGCAUGUUCUCGUGGUAUCAGAAUGCCGCCAAAUGUUAUGCCUAUAUCGAAGAGGAGACUAUCUUCUCCGUCGCGGACCUGGGCUCUGCGAAAUGGUUCACCCGAUCCUGGACGCUCCAGGAGUUGAUAGGUCCAACAGACUUGGUCUUCUACGAUCGCAAAUGGAUAGUCAUCGGCAGCAAACGAGACAAGGAGAUCAGCGCUCUCGUCUCAAAAAUCACAAGUAUUGACGAAAGUAUCCUCACAGGCGUCAGUCAGCUUACUACCAUUAGCAUUGCGAAGAGGAUGUCCUGGGCAGCGAACAGAAUCGCAACGCGACGAGAGGACACGGCUUACAGUCUAAUGGGUAUUUUUGACGUUAACAUGCCCAUGCUCUAUGGCGAAGGCGCUGUCAAGGCCUUUCACAGGUUACAAGAACAGAUCAUGCGCGAGUCCAACGAUCAUUCGAUCUUCGCUUGGCGGAGCAAAGAUGGAAAGACCGUAGCUGUCCACGGCCUCCUCGCUGACAGCCCACAGGACUUCGCCCAGGCGACCGAUAUUAUCUCGUAUCACGAUUGGGAAGACGCUUCGCCAUUCCAGCUAAGCAAUCGCGGACUGCGUAUGGAACUUCAUUUGACCGAACUCCCGGAUGGCACCUUCGCCGCCGCACUAAAUUGUCCUGUUCCUUCCCAGGCAAGGGGCUACCACGGGUUCGUAGCUCUGAAGUUACGUAGACUGCCCGUGGGCAUUAAUCAGUAUGCUCGGGUUCAGUGCGACGCGCUCAUCGGUCUUACGCAGCGGGGUCCUUUGCAGACAGUGUAUGUCAGACAAGCUCCCUCGGUGCACGACCAGGAUGCCAUCAUGCCAUGGCACUUCUUCUCGCUGCGCUCCUUGCACACUGCAGGCCAAACCUUCGAGCUAGCCGGUGCUGCUCAUCAUGUGACUCUAACGCCCGACGAGCAGCAUAAUACCCCACCGCCGUCACUAGCCAGCGCAAGAUGGGUCGCUGCAGGUACUAUAAGUGCGUUCCAUGUAAUCAAGCGUGCCAGGCGAGUUUCUGCGGCUCUUGGAUUUUGCCGCCCGGCCGACAAUGCGACUUUCACACUUCUGCUAGGUUGCCGCACCGAUUUGGAGGUGGGAUUUGAUGUUUCCAGCCGCCCUUACGACAAGCUGGGCGAGAUCGAGGAUGCAUUCAAUCCGCAACCGUCAGGUAGCUGGAUGGAAAUAGGAACUCAUCGGGUUCGCGUCGAUGUCGAACACAAAAUAGACACGCCGCGCAAGCUUUACGUCAUCGACAUCACUAUCACAAGUAUCGCUCGACUUGAGCCAGCACCAACGUUGGAUGUAUCGGCGCCCCCGAACUCUUCAGAUUUGUUCAACACCGUCUUCGAGCUCAUGGACAAGGCAAGCUCUCAGCGCAUACCCAGGCGUAAUGCAUCGCGAUUACACCAACAAGGAUUCAAAGGUAAUGAGAGUCGGAAUUGGUGACGAUUCGGUCCAUUUGUUCUCGGCAAAGCUUUCACCUAUUUUUCGGCAGAUUUGAUAGGUGUUGCAACACCAGGACAUCAAGACUGCCUUCAGGGUUUUGACACUCUGAUGCCUGCGCUCUUUAGUGGAUUUCGCAGAAACAUGGCCAACGUACAUAGA